AAUAAUGACAAGCAGUAAUUUCUGGACAUUAAACACCUAGGAAAACUAUGUUAUUCGAUAGGAAGGGUAGUAACUGGACGAUACUUUUACUGCUUAAAUUCAACGUUUCGUGGUGUGUAAAUCCGUUGACCGUUGGCCAGUUCUUCACUGUGACUCAACACAGAAGGAUCGUUGAGAGUUACAUUUAUUUCAAUUGACUAUUUACAAUUUUAAUUAAAAACUACAGUGUAAAUUAUUGCUUUUCCUACAUUGAUUUCAUUGAUUAUUCAAACUAUUAUAAUCAAUAUAAAUAUUCAAUUAAAUUAAAUAAUAAAUUUAAUUAAUUUAUUUUAAUGUUUCUUCAAGAGUUAUUGGAUUGAAUACAAUCUUUAAAUGCCAGAAAAUUCGAUAUUGUUGUGAACAAAUUACACCUGAAUCAUGAAGUCAAAAGUAUUUUUUUUUAUAUUAAUGACAAGUGAAUUAAUUAAUAUUGCCUUUACUGCGGGUUGUAGUAAAGAAGAUCAUCAAAAGUGUGUUACAUUAGCAGACCCUUUAUUGAAAGAUCCUCAUCUUAUAUUUCCUGAUAACUUGAAAGACAUUGAUACAGUUUGCAGAUCUUGGUCAGGUUUUGUAGAUUGUAUAAAACGUUACAUCGAUCGAUGCUUUUCAAAGCAACGAAGGGAUCAAUUUAACGCAGCGGUAGAGGCGCCAAUAGCCUCUGUACAUCAAAUGUGCUCCGUUUCAACAUAUCAAACAGAAUAUUUGCAAUAUGCUAGUUGUUUAAAAGCUACAGUAACUGAUCCUCAACAUUGUGGAAAUGAGUAUUCAGCUCUUGUUGAAGAGGUGUCGAAAGGAGACAUGGCACGUGCAAGCCUCUGUUGUUUACAUCAUCAUUUUAGAUCUUGUGUAAUUACUGAAACAAAAAAAAGAUGUGAUAGAGGUCAAAUAGACGGUGCUGCUUCACGUUUUUCACGUCAAAUUUUAGAUCGGGCAUUGAGCUUUCUUCAAGAACAGUGUCAACAUUAUAUUCCGAACAAUGGAGAUUGUUAUAACACAGUUACAGGGAAUUCAGCUACGUUAGAAGCAAGUUCGUUCUCAGAAGUAACAAAUAGCCGUGGAAGCAAUCGUCGUCCUUAUCAUCGUACUCUAUCUCCUGAUAGUCAUACAGGUCAAGUCAGUAAUUUUUAUGGGGCUAGUACGAACGCAAUGAACAGUCCAUCAUACAGAAGUACCGGAAGAUCUUUAAGUGCAUUACCAAUGGUAUAUUAUCUUGUAGAGAACUAUGAACUCGAUAAUCGUGUAAUGCCAACGUUAGUUACAAUGGACAUUGUUCAUCAUUCAACUUCAGAAAUUACUCAAGCUGUUACUACGCAAACAACUGAACAUCCUGAAAUGAAAGAAAAUAAAGAAAGUAAAGAUGAAGAAAAUGUCAAAGAAGAAGAAAAUGUAAAAGAGACAAUAGCAACAACACUUGCUGCAUCUAAUAUUGAAGAACCAGGUGUUGUUGUUACACAAAGAUCUCCUAAUUAUGGAAGAGGAAUCUCUUGGACUACAGCAACUUCUAAAGUAACUACAGAAAUUCCUGCUUGGGCUACCAGUGUUUAUGAUGCAUCAUUAGAUGAAUCAGUGACAGAAUCUUGGUAUCCAGCAGCAGGAAGUUUUGGAGGAAAUAAUAUUGAUGAACCAAACCAACAAGGGCUAAAAAAUGGCCAAUUAUAUUUAAAAUCUAAUUUAACUUUAAUAAUAUUAAUAACUAUUUUUUUUUAUCUUUUUUAAAACUACGUAAUUAUUUAUUUUUAUUAAACAUCGAAUUAUAUAGAUCAAU